AUGAUAUCCAAUCAAAAUAUAAUAAAUAAUAAUAUUGAUAAUAAUAAAAAGUGUACACUUCACCCAAACAAAGAUAUAAUAUUCUUUUGUUUAGAUUGUAAAUUAAUACCAUGUUGUAUUCAAUGUAUAUCAAGUAAAGGUGAACAUCAUGGUCAUAAAACUGAUCCAUUAGAAUCAACUUCAAAUAUUCUUUCAUUAAUGAAUAAUUUUAAAGAUGAUAUAUAUCAAAAAGUAAUUGACAGAAUAGAAACCAAUGAAAAAAUAUUAAAACAAUCAAAUGAUAAAUAUAAUAAAAUUCAAUCACAAUUUGAUAUUAAUAAUAAUUCAUUAAAAAAAGAAAUUAAAAAAAUUCAUGAUAUCAUUUCAAUCAUAGAAUUAGAUAUUAAAAAAAAAUUACAAACAACCUUUGAAAAUAAUACAUUAAUAAAUACAAUUAUAACUUCUUCAAUCAAUAAUGAUAAUCAAAUACUUUCAACUAUAAUUAAUUAUAAAAAUGAAAAUGAAAAUGAAAAUGAAAAUGAAAAUGAAAAUGAUAAUAUUACAACCAUUGAAAAAUUAAAUGAAAUUAUAAAAUUUAAUGAUCAACAAAUUUAUGAUAAUGGAGAUGAUUUUAUUAUUGAUAGAGAUACUAUUAAAAUUAUUAAACAAUAUCAACAAUCAUUAAUAGUAUUAAAUAAUAAUAAUAAUAUCGAUUAUUCAAAUAAAUUAAAUGAAUACGAUAAUCAAAUCAUUCAUUUCAAUAAUCAAAUAAUUGAUGAUAUUAAAAAUAAUUUAAAAUCAAUUUAUACCUUAGAUAAUUGUGGAUUUAAAAUUGAAAUUGAUGAAAAUAAUAAUAAAUUUUUUAAAUGGAAUAAUUUAAAGUUUUAUAUUAAAUAUGAAGGUGGUUUUUUUAAAUAUAGGGAAGGUAUAGCACUCAAAGACAAUUGUAAUAUUUUAUCAGAAUUAAAAAAUAAAUUACCAUUACAUGUAAUGCUAUUGGACGGAUUCUAUCAAAAAUUAACACCAGGUAUAUUACCAGAUGGUGUUAUUCUCUUGUAUUUAGGUGAUAUUAAACAAGAAUUAAUAAUUGGUUCAAUUCCUAAUACUGUAACGAGUGUCUCUUUAUUGAAUGGAUUCAAUCAAAAAUUAACACCAGGUAUAUUACCAGAUAGUGUUAAAUCCUUGUAUUUGGAUGGAUUUAAUCAACAAUUAACACCAGGUAUGUUACCAUAUAGUGUUAAAUGGUUGGGUUUAGGUGAUUAUAAACAAGAAUUAAUAAAUGGUUCAAUUCCUAAUACUGUAACGAGGGUCUCUUUAUUGAAUGGAUUCAAUCAAAAAUUAACACCGGGUAUAUUACCAGAUAGUGUUAAAUUGUUGAAAUUAGGUGAUAUUAAACAAGAAUUAAUAAUUGGUUCAAUUCCUAAUACUGUAACUUUUGUCACUUUAUUGAAUGAAUUCAAUCAAAAAUUAACACCAGGUAUAUUACCAGAUAGUGUUAAAUUGUUGAAAUUAGGUGAUAUUAAACAAGAAUUAAUAAUUGGUUCAAUUCCUAAUACUGUAACGAGUGUCUCUUUAUUGAAUGGAUUCAAUCAAAAAUUAACACCAGGUAUAUUACCAGAUGGUUUAGAAUCGUUGUAUUUAGGUGAUAUUAAACAAGAAUUAAUGAUUGAUUCAAUUCCUAAUACUGUAACGAAUGUAUCUUUAGAAGAUGGAUUCAAUCAAAAAUUAACACCAGGUAUAUUACCAGAUGGUUUAGAAUCGUUGUAUUUAGGUGAUAUUAAACAAGAAUUAAUAAUUGGUUCAAUUCCUAAUACUGUAAAGGAAAGUGCUUUAUUUUUAAUGUUGAAUAAAACAAUUUCUAGUACUGUAAAUGUUUCCAAAAGUUUUAAACUACAAAAAAAAUCAAAUCAAAUCAAAUCAAAUCAAAAAUCGUUUCUUGUCAAAAUUAAAUUAAAUUAA